AUGAGGCCCAGAGCGGAGAAAUCCAACUCCAUGCACACAAUCAAAGGUCUCAUCCGGCCGAGGCGGGGCACGCAAAGUGAAAAGGUUGAUCGAGUAGCCCGAGGCCUGCUGUCUCUCGGUUUCUGCAAGGGAGACACCUUGUUGAUAUGGCCCCCCAACACCUUCAACUGGAUCCUUAUGGCCGCUGCAAUGGCUAAAGUUGGAAUAAUUUUUGCAAGCGUACACUUUGCAUUGACGACACCCGAAUUUGAACGGUACCUCAACACGGUGGGCUUCAAGGGCGUCUUCAUAGCCGAACCAUUCAAGCUGUGCAACUAUUACGAGAUGCUAUCCACGCUGAUACCGGAGCUCAGACAUUCCAAGCCUGGACAACUCAACUGUGCGAAGUAUCCAUUCUUAAAAGCCGUCAUUGCGGAUGGUGACCAAAAAGCACCAGGCUGCGUUUCUUUGCGUGAGGUAAUGCAGAGUGGAGAAGCCAAACUGCGCGAGCCCCAGGAAAGAGUGAGCAUGGACGACCCUCUCACAAUACUAUUUACUUCGGGAACAACGGGGUCUCCAAAAGCUGCCGUACUCAGUCAUCACAACUUCGUCAACAACGUUGUGGCAUACCACUACAGGCACAACUUUUCAGAGGACACGGUUGUAUGUAAUCCCCUGCCAUUCUUCCAUGCGUACGGACUAAGCCUGGCCAUGGGUCGGACGCUGAUAUAUGGGGUCAAAGCAGUGGUGCCCUCACCCAGUUACGACGUCAGUGUCUUGUUGAAGGCCAUCCAAGAACAUAGUUCCGCGGCUCAAGCCGAAGAACUGGCCUUCUGA